CUUGCUUCUCCUGUUUCCAUUCGGCGAUUCUCUUUUCUUCCUUUUUCCUUUCCUCUGUUCCCAUUGCUCCAAUCCCAUGGCUUCUUUUCUAUGCUUGAGGUUGAAACUGAGGAGAAAGCCGGUCCGGGUCGGGGAAUCCGGGUUCAAGAAGGACCCCGGUCCGACUAGAAUGACAAAGCAACAGAUUUCGAAGCUUACGAUGAGCUUUUCGAGGAAUCGGGUGAUUGCUUUCGGAGGUUUCAGCACAGUGUACCUCGGGAAGUUCCCAGAUUCCGGCGUGGCAGCCGUCAAGGUCAUCGACUCCGGCAGCAGCCACCGCCUGAGCGCCGUUUUCCGGCAGGAACUCCAAAUCCUGCAGAGGGUACAACACGAGAGUAUAGUGAGCGUUAUUGGGUACUGCGAUGAGGGUGAAGAAGGGGUUCUGGUUUUCCAGUACGCUGUGAAUGGAACGCUUCAUGAGAAUCUCCAUGGGAAAUGGGACUCUGUUCUUUCAUGGAAGCAGAGGAUGGGAAUUGCUUAUCAGCUGGCUCAAGCUCUGGAGUAUCUCCAUGAGAAGUGUGAUCCCCAGAUUGUUCAUGGCGACAUUAAAGCCUCGAAUGUGUUGUUGGAUUCUCAGUUUAAUUGCAAGUUGUGCGAUUUCGGGUCUGCGAAAAUGGGAUUUUCUUCCUCUGUUCAGCCGCCGUUAUCUGGGCCGGAGAUGAUCGAUGGCGGAGAUAGAGGGAGGAGGGAUAUUAAUGCGGCGACUCGUCCUAAAUGUGGAAGGCUCGCUACACGCAUGAUGAUGAUGGGUUCUCCGGGAUACACAGACCCACACUACUUGAGAACUGGAAUCGCAACCAAAAAGAGCGACAUAUACAGCUUCGGGGUCAUUCUUCUGGAACUGAUUACAGGUUUGGAAGCCAUUUCUUCCUCUGAUUGCAGUGAAAGACUGGUAUGUAAAGCAAAGGAAAUGCUAAAGGAUGAGUCCAAGGUUUCAGCAAUGGUGGAUCCGAGGCUGAAUGUAAGGAAUAAUAAUUUGGGAGUAGAAGUUGAAGCAGUGGCUUCCAUUGCAGCUAUGUGCCUUGUGGAUUGUCCAACCCUAAGGCCAUCUGCAUCUGAUAUAUUGGAAACCAUGAGAAUCAGAGUUCCCUCUGUUGGCUCUUUGUUCUCUAAAGAUAAAGGGACAGCUUGAUCCAGCAAGUUAGAGUCCUUCGUGUAUGCGCGGGAGGCGUGUACACGCUUAUUUUACACGUCACACAGGCAUUUCUGUAUAGUUUCUAUGGUUUUUUUGACGAUUAAGGGUGGACAUUUAUACAAACGUGUAGAAGGUGUGUACGAAAGAAAAAACCUAUUUGCAAUUAUUUAGCUGUACAUAGAUACACUAGCUCCAAUUCUUCUCUUCAUACUUCAUGUUUUCUACUUGAACAUGAAUUAGUUUAUUCAUCUCUUAUGGGGAUUUUUGGUUCA